AUGCGGCCCUUGUCUCAUCUUCCUUUCGUGAACGGGCUUCUACUCGGCCUGUCCGCCCUCUCAGCUGCUACCUCUGUAGUCCAUGAGCGUCGGGAGGUAACAUCCGCCAACUGGGUCCAGUCCGCGCGUGUGAGCCCCUCUGAUCAACAUGUGGUGCGGAUCGGCUUGACUCAGAGCAGCCUUGGAGAAGCUCAUGAGAUGCUGAUGGAUGUCGCAAACCCGAGCUCUUCCAACUAUGGCAAUUUCUGGUCGGCGGAUGAGGUCGCCGCGAAAUUUGCGCCGUCCCAAGAGACCGUCCGGGAGGUUCAAGCCUGGCUCACCGAAGGAGGAAUCUCCGCGAAUCGUGUGGCCCAGACACAGAACCGGGGCUGGCUGGUCUUCCACGCCACUUCUCGGGAGAUCGAGAGCCUGUUCAACACGACUUACUAUGAGUACCAUAACAGGCAAACUGGAAAGAAGACGAUUGCUUGUGAAGAGUAUCAUGUCCCGGCUGCGGUGCAAAAGCAUAUUGACUACGUGCAUCCCGGAGUCAAUCUGAACCCAUACUCGGGAAAAGUUACUGGCAUCAACAGAAGACGCGUUUCGGCCAGAAAGUCCAAGCGGUUUGCUCGUAGACAACGACCAGUUCAGAAGCAUGGCGCCAAAGGUCUCAACACCACCAGCUGCGAUCAGGCAAUCACGCCGGACUGCAUUCGGGCAUUGUAUAAGAUCCCUUCCACUCGCGCCGCUGCUCAUCCAAACAACUCCCUCGGAAUUUUUGAGGAAGGAGACUAUUAUGCGCAAGAAGAUCUGGAUUUGUUCUUCAAGCAGUAUGCCAAGAACAUCCCUAAGGGCACGCAUCCCAUCCCCGCAUUCAUCGAUGGUGCAAAGGCGCCAGUGCCAGUAGAAAAUGCGGGCGGAGAGUCGGACCUCGACUUUGAACUCGCAUAUCCGAUCAUCUAUCCGCAAACUACUACUUUGUAUCAAACUGAUGAUCAGAACUGGGCCCAGAACACGACGGGAUUCCUCAAUACUUUCCUGGACGCGCUCGACGGUUCUUACUGCACCUACUGUGCUUAUGGCGAGUGUGGUAAUGACCCAUCACUUGAUCCGGUUUACCCUGAUGGUGAUGAAGGUGGUUAUCAUGGUAGGCUCAUGUGCGGUGUGUUCAAGCCUACGAAUGUGAUCAGCGUGUCCUAUGGUAUGCAGGAGAACCAACUUCCGGCGAGCUACCAGCAAAGACAAUGUCUUGAAUUCUUGAAGCUUGGCUUACAAGGAGUCUCGGUACUCUUUGCCUCCGGUGACAACGGCGUUGCAGGACCUCCGGGAACUGCUGGAGUUGAGAAUGGAUGUCUGGGCAAUGGAAGCAUUUUCAGCCCUGCAUUCCCUAACAGCUGCCCGUAUAUCACCAACGUGGGCGCAACAAAGGUCUACCCGGGACAGACCGUCUCCGACCCCGAGAGUGCCGUCUAUGAUCCCAAUGGAAUCUACAGCUAUGCCUCGGGUGGUGGCUUCAGCAACAUCUACCCCAUCCCCGACUACCAGGCGGAUGCCGUUUCCAAGUAUUUCAAGGACCACAACCCUCCUUAUCCUUACUAUAAAGCAGGUGACGCUCUUGGCCAGAACGGUGGUCUCUAUAACCGCUCGGGCCGUGGGUAUCCCGACGUAGCGGCUAAUGGUGACAAUAUCGCUGUUUACAAUGCCGGCGAAUCCGGCUUGUCGGGUGGUACCAGCGCCAGUACUCCAAUCUUCGCUGCUAUCAUCAACCGCAUCAUCGACGAGCGUCUGGCGGUCGGUAAGGGCCCAGUUGGCUUUAUCAACCCGGUCUUGUACAAGAAUCCCUCGGUGUUGAAUGAUAUCACUAACGGUUCUAACCCUGGGUGUGGAACCGACGGUUUCUCCACGGCGCCUGGAUGGGAUCCUGCCACCGGUUUGGGGACCCCUAACUAUCCUAAAAUGCUGAAGUUAUGGCUUGGUCUUCCAUAG